UUAGUCGCGUUCUGGCGCAGAUCACGAACGGUUCGUGUUGCGCGCUUCAACUUUGACAAGCGCCAGCGAAAAAUAUUUAUAUACAUAGAACGUAAUUCCAAUUUUCGGACAGCGCAGCGGCUCAAUUCGCAUGCAUUUUAUUGCCCAAUAACGCGGCACUUUAUCGGCAAUACGCGGCGUAUACGCAACAUCCCAAAAAAAACAAAACUAGUUGUGCGCCAGCCAUUGGAGAUCACGCUCGAAGCUCUGCAAAUCGUACGACUGUGAACAUCGCUGUGAUUGCCAAUAUAUACAUAUAUAUACAUAUAUACAUAUAUAUUACAUAUAUAUCAGUGCAUAACUGACUGCUAUCGGCUGCCAUGGGUUACGACGAUGUUAUCACCCACUUGGGCGAGUUUGGGCGGUAUCAGAAACGCAUCUACCUGCUGCUCUGUCUGCCGGCCAUAGUCUGCGCCUUCCACAAGCUGGCCGGAGUCUUUCUGCUGGCCCGGCCCGAGUUCCGUUGCCUGCUGCCGCACGAGGAUGUGGCCACCGCUCGCUUCGAGUCGCUGCCCCGCUGGCAGUGGCCGCGCGCCUACCCCAACGACAGCGUCGUGGGCAAGCCCAAUGCCUGCGUCUACUACGAUCUCGAGUACAGUCCGGAAUAUCUCGAGGGCAAUCGCACAGUGGCCAGCAAUGCGAGUACUCUGGUGUGCAGCCGGUACGUCUACGACCAGUCCAGGUAUCUCAAUAGCGCCGUCACCGAGUGGGAUAUGGUGUGCAGCCGCAGCCUGUUGAGCGCCACCAGCGACUCGCUGUUCAUGGUGGGCGUGCUGCUGGGCAGCUUCUUCUUUGGCCAGCUGAGCGACAAGCUGGGACGCAAGCCCACCUUCUUUGCCGCCCUGGUGACGCAGCUGGUCUUCGGCGUGAUGGCGGGCGUGGCGCCGGAGUACUUUAGCUAUACGAUAUCCCGGCUAAUCGUGGGCGCCACCACAUCGGGCGUCUUUCUGGUCGCCUACGUCAUUGCCAUGGAGAUGGUGGGCGCCACGUAUCGCCUCUUCGCAGGCGUCACAGUGCAAAUGUUCUUCUCCGUGGGCUUCAUGCUGACCGCGGGCUUUGCCUACUUCAUCCACGACUGGCGCUGGCUGCAGAUCGCCAUCACGCUGCCCGGGCUGCUCUUCAUGUGCUACUACUGGAUCGUGCCGGAGUCGGCGCGCUGGCUGCUGUCCAAGGGGCGCAAGGACGAGGCUUUUGUGAUCAUCGAGAAGGCGGCCCGAGUGAAUGGCGUGGAAAUACCCAGCGAGAUCUACGCCCAGCUGGUCGAUGAGGCGGAGGAGAUUCAGCGUAAGAAUGAGUUGGCCGCCGCCCAGCCAGCAGCCUCCGUGUUCGAUCUGCUGCGCUACCCCAACUUGCGGCGCAAGACGCUGCUCAUCUUCUUCGACUGGUUCGUGAACAGCGGCGUCUACUACGGCCUCUCGUGGAACACGAACAAUCUGGGCGGCAAUCAGCUGGUGAACUUUGUCAUCUCCGGCGCCGUGGAGAUACCCGGCUACACGUUGCUGCUCUUUACGCUCAAUCGCUGGGGUCGUCGCACCAUCCUCUGCGGCACCAUGCUCGUGGCCGGAGCCAGCCUGCUGCUGACCAUCGCCGUGCCCAGCGACAUGAACUGGCUGCUGAUUGCCUGCGCUAUGAUCGGCAAGCUGGCCAUCACCUCGUCGUACGGCACCGUGUACAUCUUCACGGCCGAGCAGUUCCCGACGGUGGUGCGCAAUGUGGGCCUGGGCGCCUCCUCGAUGGUGGCGCGCGUCGGCGGCAUUUUGGCUCCGUAUUUGAAUCUGCUGGGCGAGAUCUGGCGACCCCUGCCGCUGGUCAUCUGCGGGGCGCUCUCGCUGACCGCCGGGCUGCUGUCGCUGUUGCUGCCGGAGACGCUGAACAAGCCGAUGCCGGAGACAAUUGCGGAUGGCGAAAACUUUGGCAAGAAGUCCAAGCAGACGGAGGAGCCCCGCGCCGAAGAGUUGCACAGCAUGCUCAAUGGCAAGAGUACGAAAACGGGGUGAAGAUGGCCGGGGCGAGGGCUCUACCGACAUUUAAGCGAAUUGAAGCAAUUUGCAUUUAUUAAUGCGAUGGAAAAGUA